AUGAAUGUCAAAGUUUUUAUGCUCUGCAUUUUAGGCUGGUACUCUACAUCAAUUACUUUGUCAGUAUAUAAUAAGUGGAUGUUCAGUUCUAACAAUGGUCUUGGAAUAGAGUACCCGAUAUUAUUAACUGCAGGCCACCAAUUAACACUAUGGAUAUUCUCCUUUAUCUAUGUUUUAAUACGUGGACGUGAUGAAUACAAUAAAGUGAAAACGGUAGAUUGGGAAUUUUACUGGAAAUUUAUUGUCCCAACUGCUAUAGCUACCGCAGGUGAUGUUGUGCUGAGUAACAUAUCAUUUAAAUAUGUUCCUUUAACUGUUUAUACAAUUAUAAAAUCGUCAAGUAUUGCGUUUGUGUUAUUGUUUGGGUGUCUUUUCAACUUAGAACAAUUUAGUUUUCAACUGGGUUUAAUCGUAAUAGUUAUGUUUAUUGGAGUUGUAUUAAUGGUGUAUACACCUGUUACCCUUGAAAAUAAUAAAGUUACUGAUCAAACAACGUUAAUAAUAGGUGCAAUUAUUGUAUUGGGAAGUAGUUGUCUUUCAGGUUUAAGAUGGGUAUAUACUCAAUUAAUAGUGAGAAAACGCAUCCAUACGACAACAACUAGUAUUAAAAAUGAUAGUCGACUGAAUAUAAGAUUAAAUGAAUUUGAUAUAGAUGAAGAUCUUGAAAAUAAUAGUAAUAAUAAUACUAAAGUAUCAAAACUAAUCGAAAAUAAAACUGAUUUCAAUGAAAAUAUGUUAAAGAAACAUGAUGAGGAUUUAAUUAAAAAACCCCACCCAAUCUAUACUGUAUACCAAGUAGCUCCAAUAAUGUUCUUGGUCUUAUUGGUAGCAUCACUUAUUGUAGAAAGACCAUUUCCUAAAUUUUUUGAUUGUAAUCUUUUUAAAAAGGGUUUAAAUGCAGAAGGGCCAACGACAAUUACGUCAAUUUUUUAUGGGAUAAUAUUAAUGUUGAUACCUGGCAUCUGUGUGGUGGUAUUAACAUUGAGUGAAUUUAGAAUAUUACAAAUCAGUAAAGUGUUGACAGUAUCUAUAGCUAGUAUCAUUAAAGAAUUAUUAACUAUCUUGUUAGGUAUAUGGAUAUUAUCAGAAAGAAUCAGCGGCAUAUACAAUAUAUUUGGGAUGAUCAUUAUUCUGCUGGAUGUUUGUUACUAUAACUAUUAUAAAUACAAAGAAAAAGAGAAAAAAGAUAAAUAUAUUCCAGUACCCUUGGAAGAUACGUUCGCUGGGAAUGAAAAUAUUGAAUCCCGUGAGGAAUUGUAUGAUAGCAUUGAUAAUAAUAAGAUGAUGAUGAAUGGUAAUAAAAAUGACAAUAAUAAUAACACAAAAAACAAAGAGACUGAUAAUAUGAAUUCAGUGAAUAAGACAGAAGAUCCUUUUCUCUUCGAUGAUUCUGAUAUUGAUAAUAUACCAUUUCCAACAGGAGGGUCUAUAACAGUUCAAGAAUAUGAAAUGGAUUUUCUGAGAAAAUAA